AUGUCGGAGGUGGAAAUCGAAGAGGUAAAUGAAAGUAUUAAGGAACUGGAGCCAGUGGAUAUGCUGAACCAUAACGACGCUGAAGAAAAGAAGAAGAAGAAGAAGAAGAAGAAGAAGAAGAAUAAUAAUAACAUCAAGAAUAUUGCAUUACUCUAUCCUGAUGAGAAGUAUCCUGAAGGCCAUUGGAUGGAUUACCAUCAUGAUUUCAAUUUAGCGCGUGUAACAGAUGAGGAAAAACGGUAUUUGGCGCGAGACAAGGAACAUGAGCAACGUUGGAAUGACAUGCGUAAAGGUGCCGAAAUUCAUCGAAGAGUGAGGAAGAACUUGCAGAACAAGUUGAGCCCAGGAAUAACACUUACAGAGGUUGUUGAUUUGGUUGAAAAUGCUACUAGGAAGUUCACGGGAUCAGAUAUCAAUGGUGACCAUGUUGACAAACCCAUGUCUCAGGGCAUUGGUUUUCCUACAGGUGUAUCACUAAAUCAUUGCGCAGCCCAUUUCACACCAAACUCCGGCGAUAAAACUGUAUUGAAGUUUGAUGAUGUCAUGAAGGUUGAUUUUGGAGUGCAGGUAAACGGGUAUAUCAUUGAUUCUGCGUGGACUGUUACUUUUAAUGAUAAGUAUGACAAUCUUUUAGAAGCUGUCCGGGAGGCAACGAAUACUGGUAUCAAAGAAGCUGGCAUAGAUGUAAGACUAACCGACAUUGGUGAAGCCAUCCAGGAGGUCAUGGAAUCAUAUGAAGUGACCAUUGAUGGGAAGACGUACCAAGUGAAACCUUGUAGGAACUUGUGUGGUCAUAACAUUGCUCCUUAUCAAAUACACGGCGGAAAAUCAGUACCUAUUAUUAAAAACGGAGACGAAACAAAAAUGGAAGAAGGCGAACACUUUGCAAUUGAAACUUUCGGCACUACAGGUCGUGGGUAUGUAGUUCAAGGUGGAGAAUGUUCACAUUAUGCCAAAAAUACUGGCGCACUACCUACUCCAAACUUGACCCGUGCAAAGGCGUUGUUAAAAACGAUUGACAACAAUUUCGGAACUCUCCCAUGGUGCCGUCGGUAUCUAGACCGAUUAGGCGAAGAAAAGUACCUAUUUGCAUUGAACUCCCUAGUAAAACAGGGCAUUGUCGAGGAUUACCCACCGUUAAAUGACAUUCCCGGUUCCUACACCGCUCAGUUCGAACACACAAUAAUACUUCACCCGCACAAAAAGGAAGUUGUUUCCAAAGGCGACGAUUAUUGA